AUGAACACCUGGUUAUACCUAAUGUUGAUAUAUUCAAUAUCAAUAACAUGUAAGUGACAUCUUUUGAUUACAAAAAUUAUAUUCUACACAGAUUAUUGAUUAAUUUUAAACGGAUAUCUAAUAGAAAGGUGAUAUUUUAACAUAAUAAUAAAAGGAAUUUUUGUGGAAACGUCUGUAGCGUCCAAACCAUACUAAGUGUGCAGAAGUUAAAAUAAAGUUAAGUUUUAAAUGAUUCAAGAGGUACUAACUAUUGUAAAAUUUAAAGUUAACUGCUUUAAAUAUGUUUGGUUUUUACGAAGAUAACCAAAUAACUACCUAUACGUUAUUUUAUUAAAUUAUUUAAACUAAUCUUAAAUAAAAUACAUGUAUUUUCAGUGUAGUAUGAAUAAUAAGUGAUGUGACAUAAAUCUGAACAAUCUGAUAGUCUAAAAUAUCCAGUUUUCGGACUCGCGAAUUUAAGAAUUUCGUGUUGCCAAUUGAAAAUAAAUAGUAAUGAGUAUUUUUUGAGUUAUAUGAAAAAUAUCUAGAAGAAUCCAAAAUAAAUUUUAUUAAAUCCAACAUACCGACUAUAAAUAAACCAUCAAAUUCCGGAUUAUGAGAUUCUAGAUUAUCGAACCGUAUCAAAUCCAAAUUUUUCGAUCUAAAAAAAUAGUACAGGAACUCUCUUUUAUACCUCCCAUCGUAUUAUACCCCAUGUGGUUGAAAUUAUCAAAAUAAACAGAUCAAUAAAAUUGUAAAAAAAGUGUAACUAUGCAAUUAUGUUGAAUUUGUAUCUUGAAUUUUAAUUAUAUUACUCCUAAACAUUGUGUAUUAUAAAUAUAUUAUUCAAAAUUGUAUUUAUGAUUUCGAUACUGAACCCAGCGAGAUAAUAGUAGUAAAUUAGUGUAACUAUGAUAUAUUUCAUCUUUUAUCCGUACAGACUUUUCUUUAGCUCAUCAGAAAUUACCUCAUGUGGUAACUAUAUGUUGGUAGUUAAAGCUCUAAUCAUGAAACUAUUAUAAUUAUAUUAUAUUUUAAAAUAUUAACCAUCGUUUAAUCAAAUAAUCGGUAGUAUUUGUUUUGUUGGAAAAUUUAAGAUUUAGAUACUAUCGAUAAAUUCGAUUAUAUUGAUAACACGGCUAUUACAAGAACAUUUUUAUUUUGUCGAUUACCAUUAUCUCGCCAUCGUUUUACUGUUAAUACUAUUUUAAAUAUCAACAUUAUACUAUACAAACAUUACUGUGUCAGCUAUCCUUUAUGAGUCGAAUUCUUGGAAUUUUUAUAUCUAUAAACCUUUUAGGUACAAUGUGGAACCAAUUUUGGAAAAGUUCCCGUAAAAUCGGUCCAGUGAUUACUCAAUCUAUAAAGGACAUACAGACAGACAGAUAUUCAAUUGUAUUAAAUUUCAUUAUGGCAAUAUUAUUCUAACGAAAUAUCUAAAUUUCUCUUUAGAAAUGUAUUUGCCCUGCUAUCUCCGUUAUUAAACACUAAAUUAAGAUUUUGAUACCGUGUUAAUUCAUCCUUAAUAAUGAUNCAAUUGUUAUAUUAGGAUCAAAAAAUGCCAAUGCUGCUGUUUCAGGUGCUAAAUACCACAAAUGUCCACAUAGUUUUCUUAAAGUUGAUUGAGAAAUGUUUUUAUGUAUUUUUUCAUAACUGAUGAGACUUUUCAAAAAUUGUAAGUCUUGAAAUGGAGCUAAAGCGGCAAUAGGUGCACAAAACCAAGCUUUAAUAUAUAAUCGUAUAAGAAAUAUACAAAUUGUACGGAUUGAUUCUUCUUCAUAAUUUUUUAAUUUAAAUUGUUUACGGAACAUAAAUAUUUUUAAUGAAUAUAUGGCCUUGGACAUCCAACGAGCAUGAUGCAUUGCACCAGGACAUUGAAAAGAUAUGCCACGAGUAGGGGUAACACCAAGAAAUAUCACAGCUAAUUCCAUCAAUUCUCUGUAAUCGUCUCUGUUAUAAGAUUUGCGUUGUUGUACAUUAUAUAGUUACAUCAUAAAAUAUUUCACUGACAAUUAUAUCUUCUAUUCCGGUGUUAUAAUUAUUAACAUUAAGUUUUGGCCAAAAUUGUUGGAAACGUUUAAAAAUUUGAAUAUCUGGACCAGAUGUAACUCCAAAAUUUACUUCAAAUGCAGAUCUAAGUAUAAUUUCGUAAAUGUGAUGCUUGCAAGGAAAGUAUAAAAUAUCACGUUCCAAUAGCUGUUCCAAAAUUAUACAUGCUCCUUUUAGACGACCUGUAUUCGAAGCCGUUGUAUCGCAACAUAAAGCUUAUAUAUUAUCGAUAAGGCCCCAUUCUUCAAGUGCUUUAAACACUGCUUCCGCUUGAUUUUUCCAAGUUCCGGAUAUAAGCUUAGGAACACUUAACAACUUUUCAGAAUUUUUAAAAGAAACGUUUACUGGUAAACGAUCAACAUGCUCUUUUCCUGUUAAAUCUGGGAGCAGCUUCCCAUCCCAAUGAUCAACAACUGGAGAAUUCUGAAGAAUUGAAUUCAUUUCGAAGUUGAAAAGCUCUAUCCUUAAGUAAACGCUGGAGUAUUUGAUUAAUAGAUGUCCGGUUUAAAAUUAAAUCACUUAUACGUAUACCUAACGCAUCUACAGUAGCUGUUAAAGUGUAGUCUAUUUUUAGAACUGUUUCGAAUUAUUAAAAUAUUAAAAUAUAAUAAAAUAAAAUAAUUUCAUUAAAGUGCGAUUAUUUUUGAUGGUAAAUAAAACCAGUUUUCCAAAAUAAAUUAUAAAAAUAUAACAAUAUUUUAGAUAUUUUGUAAUAUUGUAACGCUUUUUAAAAACUUGCAUGUUUCAUAAUCAGUUAUAUUAAUAAAUAUUACCUUAAUCAAAAAACUAUAUAGAACAAAAGUUAUAGAUAAUUUAAUUUACUAUAAAUAAUGUCCGAAAUUUAUUUUUGUAAGAAAUGAUAACAACGAGAUAGCAGUCAAUCAAUUAAACAAAACUGUGGUUACUUGAACAGAACCAUAUAUUUGAACUUUGAGGGCUGAAGGACACGGGUUAAACUUAAUAUAUCGAUAUGAGAUUUUGAAUACUUCAUUUAUAUACAUAUUUAAACCUCUUUAGGGGGUGAGACUGAAAAAAAUGUUAUAAAAAAAAGGCACCUAUAUGACGAAGGGCCACCCUAAUAAAUAUAUUAUGAAAAAUUUUGUUUAUGAUUUCGAUACUGAACCCAGCGAGAUAAUAGUAGAAAAUUAGUGUAACUAUGAUAAAUUUCAUCUGUUAUCCGUACAGACUUUUCUUUAGCUCAUCACAAAUUACCUCAUGUGGUGACAAUAUGUUGGUAGUUAAAGCUUUAAUUUUGAAAAUAUUAUAAUUACAUAAUAUUUUAAAAUAUUGAACAUCUUUUAAUUAAAUAAUCCGUAUUUGUACUGUCGGUAAAUUUAGUACUUAGAUACUAUCGAUAUAUUCGAUUAUAUUGAUUACACGGCUUUUAUAAGAACAUUUUUCUUUUGUCGAUUACCAUUAUCUCACCAUCGUUUUACUGUUAAUACUAUUUUAAAUAUCAACAUUAUACUAUAACAAUAUCCUUGUGUCAGCUAUCCUUUAUGAGUCGAAUUUCGGGAAUUUUAAAAGCUAUAAACGUUCUCAGUACAAUGCGGAACCAAUAAUGGAAUAGUUCCUUUAAAAUCGGUCCAGUGAUUUUUCAAUCUAUAAAGAACAUACAGACAGACAGAUAUUUACUAUUAUUAAAUUUCAUUAUCGCAGUAUUAUUCUAACGAAAUAUUUAAAUUUCUCACUAGAAAGGAAUUAGCCAUCCCUUCUCCGUUAUUAAACACUAAAUUGAGAUUUUGAUAUCGUGUUAAUUCAUCGAUUAUAAUGAUACAUCAAUUUUUUUUAAAAUUAAAUGACUAUGGAGUAUUACGAAUAACUAUAUAAUAUAUAUAUUAAAUAUAAUAACUAUAAUAUAUAAUAAAAAUGUUAUUGAUUCAAUCAUUCCAGAUACAAAUCUUCAAGGCAUUGAAAUAACACCACUCUCUCUUUCUACAGAAUAUGAGCUACCAUCUGAAUUUUAUAGCGCAGAGGAAACAGACUUAAAUGAUGAUAAAACAAAUGGACAAAAACAUUUUUUUGAAAAUACAAAAUCAAUAUUGCAGAGUUUACCUGACAUAGCUAAUGAAAUAGCCGUUGCCAUCGUCUCAGACAUAGACAAAAACGUUACUCCAAAUCUACCUAAAGACUCACCCAUAACCUGGGGAGUAUUAAAUAAUCUUAUUACCAAUCUGAAAAAAGUAAACGCUUUUCUUUAGUUAUACAAUCAAUAAUAUUGUAAAUAAUUUAACAAUUUAACAAUUUAUUACACAGCAAAUACCGAACGUGAAUGGUAAUAUUUUAGUUAGUACAUUAAAAUUAUUAUAAGUCUUUAUAACUUUCAAUUUUAUAAUGUUUAUUGUAUAUUUUACUGAUAAAUAUUCAAUAAGAACACACUUGAUUAUGACAGGGAAAACCGUGUACUAAUCGAACACUCAUGGUAUUUAAUUAAAUAUAUUAUGCAAACUGUUUACAAUUAAUGGGAUUGAGUGGCCAAACAUAAUAUGAAAAUGGAAAUAAUGAAGGUUACGGUACACUGACUCUGUGUUUACCACGGAAUAAGAUAGUUAAAUGUAACACGGUCUGGUACUGCUGUGUUAAGAGACGAUGGCAUAAAUAUCGAAGUAUNAAGAUAAAUCAAUCUAUAAUAAAGUAUAAACUAUACCUAAAAACAAUUGACACAUAAUUACAUCCAGUAGCCAUUAGACAACCAGUAGGUUCCAAUAUAAUAUAGUUUAUUUUUCUUUAUUAUAUAUUGUUACUUAUUUUUAAUACUCUACAAAACCUGAUUAAAAUAAUUUUUAAUAUAAUUAUCGUUUUAAUUAGAAUUUUAGGUAAUCCAUUAACAUACAAGAUACUUUAAAAUUGUGUACUUAUUUAUUUCACCCUUUUUUUGGGGAGAAAACUGUAAUGGUUGGAUUUUCAAAUAGCUUCCUAUAGUAUACAUUCCAUAAAUAGAUGGAGUAUUAGUCAAAGUAAAUUUUUCUACCGACAUUUUUGAUUUUCAUCGAUUUGUUCACGAGAUAUCUCACUUUUUAUAUUCGGUUGGAGGAGAGUAGUGGAGGUUAUUAAUUUGGCGGUAAGGUGAGCGGCGAUUCGAUAAUGCAAUCCUGUAUCCAUAGGCGUGCACAGACAUUAAGUUCGGAUCGUGCCCGAGAAAAUUUAAUUUAUAAGGUGAAUCCCUCUCCCCCCAAUUAACUAUGAAAACCUUUAAUAGCUAAAUAAUACAAUAAAUAAUUAUUUCUAUACACUGUUUCUAUAUGAAUUUUUAUAAUUAUAUCAAUUACCUCUUUAAAUAUCAUGCAAUUCAAAAAAGUAUACUAAAAGUUUCUUUGUAAUCUUCAAUUCAUAAUCAAUAUCUAUUUAUAUAUAUUUAUAUACUAACUUCGAUAAUACCUUUCAAGCGGGUACAUUAAAGCAAAUUGACCUAUUACACAAAUUAAAGGUAAGAAGAUUAUUAAAUGGCCCACCGUUAUGUUUAUUCAAAAAUGAAUUUUUAUGUAAGAUAUAAUAAAUAUUUUUGGUUUAUAAUAUUCAACAUACUCAUAUUUCAUAAUUUAACAUAAAUAUCGAAAAAUCAUCUACACUGGAGUACAUAGAUUACUCUUACCUAAUCGCAUUAUUAUUGUAUAAAUUACGUACAAUAUUGUACAUAUUAUAAUGAUCACAGAUAUAAUAUACCUAUUACAUAUGCAUAAUUUUUCAAUACAAAAAACCGCUAUUCCAGGUAUCUUUAAGAAGUUUUAGUUUUAAAUUUAGGUUAGGUGGGAGUAGUGUAGCAUUAUUUGAUUAGUGAUACGGCGCCCGGCAUUUUACGGGUGAUAAUCAUAAUAUGGUAAUAUGAUUAUAAUCAAAAUAUAACGUCCACCUUUCGGUAAAAUUUCGAUAAAUAAUUGAUAGUCAAACAAUCGAACGGACAUCAAACAAAACUAAAAAAAUUCCUUGCAUUAGUCAGAACCUAAUUGUUAAGCCUUAUGUGGUCAUUUUAAUUCAAAUUCGCAGAAAAUCGAGGAAUUUAUAUCGGUUUUACUAUAUGAUUUGUUUUUGUCUAUGAAUAACUAUUCUACAAAAAAUCUUGUACCAAAAAACAAGUGUAUAAUGUGCACAAGAAAGUGUUUGAUUUUCGGUGUAAUUUUUAUAAUUAUUUGGUUAAAAUCGAAAAAAAUGAAGAAAAACGGGAAAAUUUACAGAAAUCAUAAACCUAAUCAGUUUUAACAGAAUACAGAUAUUGCCCUUUUCUAUACACGGUAAAAAGUUCUGAACAUUAUAAUGAUUUCUGAGUUAUACAUAGGUAUUUGGCAUUUUCGAUUUUUUUUUUUUUUUGUUUUGUUUUAAUGUGCUAAUUAUUUUGAAUAAAUAAUAUUAUGUUUGUAGGGUUUUAAGCGUUUUAAAAUAAAAUGUUUGCGGAAAAUGUAAAAAGGAUGUAUUUGAAAAAACGUAUUACCGAACUUUGCUCAGUUUAAUUUUUUUUUACGAUAUGGUUCUCUUUCAAUAUACCUGACCAUUCCUUAGCAUCUGUGAAGACUCUUUGUGUUACUUUAAAACGUUUAUUGCAACUUAUUCGAUAAUUUAAACUGCAAAAUUAUUGGUUUGUUAAAUUCAAAAAUUAGUACUUGACAUUUUUUUUACUUUUCCUUUAUACAUAAAGUGUUUCAGUACAAUUUAUUGUAAAAUCAUUUUCCUAAUGGUAAUUUUUGUAUUUUAACUAUCUAUAUAUGAAGCUAUUUAACAUAACUAUUUAUAUUUUUUAACAAUUAGUAAGUUGUUCAUUCAAGCGUAGUGUGGCAUUUUAUACAAUCAAUGUUAAGUUUAACAGUAUAUUUUUUGGGACAAAAAUUUAUAUAAUGUUGGCCGAUCGUGAAAGAAGAUUGGAUGAGCCUGACAUUGACGAGGAUAAAUCAGACGAUGAACA